AUGGAGAAACCAGACAAGAAACAGGACGAUCUGCUUCGGCGGCCGCUCUACGUCUACGACCUACCUCCGGAAGUUCUAGAAACCCUUACGCGCAAAACAGAUACAGAGUCGCAAGAACCCGAAUCAAUACCCGACACCCCAAAGGAGCGGCCACAGACACCCACAGUCGAGAGCGCUGUAGGAUCACAAGCUUGCUCAUUAUGCGGUCUCUCCUUUGCGACGGUACUAGACCAGAGGAGCCACCAGAAGUCGGAUCUCCACCACUACAACCUUAAGCAGAAGCUGCGCGGCCAAAAGUCUGUGUCUGAGACGGAGUUUGAGAAGCUACUGGGUAACCUGGACGAGAGCUUGUCGGGCUCAGACCCGUCAGAGUCAGAUGAUGACGAGGAUGAAACCUCGCGCAAAGAGACGACGUUAAGCGCUCUCCUCAAAAAGCAGGCCACGCUCGCGGGGAGAAAUAAUACCAGAGAUGGCGAUGAAGAAGAGGAAGAAUGGGGCAGAAAGAAGAAACGCGGAACGGGGAAGCCUCCGUUGAUGUGGUUCGGUUCACCCGUCCUGCCCGAAAACACAUAUUUUGGAAUCUACAGGACUAUAUUUACGAGUGAAGAGCUGGCAAAGGAAGAAGACAUUCUCGAGGCCAUCAAGAAGAGACAAUUACCGCCAUUAGCGCUACCGAAAGUUGCGAAAGAUGGAACUCUUCCCCCGAUAGCAUACAAGGGACCAUACAUCUUCCUAUGCAUGAUCGGAGGCGGCCACUUUGCUGCUAUGGUCGUGUCACUUGCACCGAGACAAGUCAAGAGCUCAUCCGCUGGGCCGAUGAAUAGAGAAGCAACGGUCCUGGCCCACAAAACAUUUCACAGAUACACUACGAGGAGGAAACAGGGUGGUUCGCAGUCGGCAAACGACAAUGCGAAGGGAAAUGCCCAUUCGGCAGGUUCAAGUCUGCGUCGCUACAACGAGCAAGCCUUGGUAGAUGAUGUAAGGCAGCUUCUUCAAGACUGGAAAGGUCUUCUCGACACGUCCGACCUGCUAUUCGUUCGGGCGACAGGUGCUACCAAUCGUCGGACUCUUUUUGGGCCAUAUGAUGGCCAGGUGCUGAAUGCAAGCGAUCCCCGCCUCCGAGGAUUCCCUUUCAGCACACGGCGAGCAACCCAGAACGAACUAAUGCGAUCAUUCAUCGAGCUCACCCGGUUGAAAGUCCGUGAGAUAGUCCCGGUCGAUCCAUCUACGGCUAUCGAUGAGAAAGCCAAGCCACAAACACCCAACAAACCUGUGAAGCCGGCGGCACCGAAGUUGUCGGAAGAGGAGGAAACUGCACAACUACACACAACACAAUUACAAGCUCUAAUACGAAGAUCGAAGCUUCCAGCUCUCCUCUCUUACCUCAAGACCAACUCCCUUCCACCAACAUUCCGUUUCCAGCCGCUUGAUGCGAAUCACCACGCCCCUACACCGUUACAUCUUGCAGCUGCACAGAAUUCUGCGCCCCUGGUCACAGGUCUUCUAACGCGUGGUGGUGCUGAUCCCACACUGGCAAAUGACGAGGGUAAACUACCAUUUGAACUGGCCGGGGACAGAGCCACUCGUGACGCAUUCCGCGUAGCACGGCAAGAGCUGGGCGAGACCACUUGGGACUGGGAGGUCGCAAAGGUGCCGGCUCCUAUGAAGCGAGAAGAAGCAGAAAAGAGGGACGAACGGGAGCGAAAGGAGGCUGAUCGCAAAGAGGCAGAGAGGCGGCGGGCGGAAGAGGAGCGAUUGAAGAGGGAGGGCCCCAAGGUGAAUAGCCAAGGCUCAGGAAGAAAAGGGGGCGUGCUUGGUGGCGGUAUCCAGAAGAGCGCCGAGGAGAGGCGACAGGAGGAAGCUAGGGGGCUGACGACUGAUCAGAGAAUAAAGCUUGAACGGGAGAGGCGGGCGAGGGCAGCGGAGGAGAGAUUACGCAGGAUGCAAGGUAGCAGUUGA